AUCAUGUUGCUUAUGCGCCUGAUGUGGGAAGCAGUGAAGUGCCUGGCCGAACGGAGAUGGCGCUCUAUAUGCCAUACAUUCAUUGGGAUACCGUCUCUGCUUUCAAGCAACGUAACGACUUCGUCAUGCGGUGUCUCGAUAAGAAGCCCUCAUCUAUUCCAGGCACGCUUCCGCAGUCGACGAAACGCCUUUAUCAGGCCAUAAAGAACGAUAUCAACGGGCCCAAUUCAAUGCAUCCCCGACGAAGCCUUGAUCAGUACUUCUACCCCAGCCUUACCGAUACGUCAUCUCGAGACAAUGACCAAGUGGUAUCCAAGCGUACAAAAGACUCUCCUGGCGGACCGACCAUGGUCAUGGUGGAUCAACUAUGGCUGUGGCUGAUCUCAUUGAACGACGGUUCGAAGUCAGUCAUCUUGACAUGUUUUCCCCAGAAAGAAGUAGAGGAAGGGCAUGCCACAACGGGUAUAGAAAACGACACGGACUUAUAUCACGCCAUUCUAAGUGAAAUGCAGAGCCAUUAUCAUAGCACUGCACUUCAAUAUCCGUACGGCGUAGGUCCGCACCGCGUAGGUAUAUAUAUGGUCAGUAUAAUCAUCGAACAUGCCAUAAAUAAGAUGCUCGGCUACAGAGGGGAGUCGUUGGAUUUUCUCUCCAUAUUUCAGGGUGCCAUUAGGCAGGCUGCAGAAGAUACCACGAAUCAUUUCCGGGAAUUCCGUGAUGCGCUUCGGAAGAAAGAGUCUGAACCUAGCGAUCUCGCAGACAAACGAAAGGAAGUAAAAUUGGCUUUGGAAGUUCUUGACAUCAUGGACGAAUUGAACAGCGUAAAGCGCCUUCUCGAGACUCAACUAGAGACGCUCGCACAUGCCGUAGGGGCGAUAGAGGCUUUUGCGAUUCCUGCGGGAGAUUCGUUAUUGUCUCAACUCCACGUGAGGCAACAAGACCUAGAACGCUACCGGACUCAGAUCUCGAGGAUGAUCGAAGACGCGGAUAGAACUUGGAAGUCGUUGAUGAACCUGCUCGACCUUCAGCAGAAGGAAGAAAGCCUCAAUAAGGUCCGCUCUUCUAACGAGCUGGCCCGCCUUGCAAGGAAACAAGCCGACGAGACUGAAGCCCAGUCACAAAUCUUGCUGCUGUUCACUAUCGUAACGAUCGUAUUUCUCCCACUAUCCUUCUUCACAUCAUACUUCGGAAUGAAUGUAGUAGAGUUUACGGGAGAAUCCGGCAACACGAACCAGAAGGAAGUGUGGAAAGUGACAGGGCCGGCAUCUUCCGGCAUAAUCGCCAUUCUUCUAAUCAUUGCCUGGAUGUUGUACAAUAACGCGAAGAAAAGGAGGGCUACAAGGAGCGGUGGAACAUCCCGCUAAAAGCCUCGUACGCCGAGACACACUGAAGCAGAAGCUCGGCAUGUGGAUCUCCUAGACUUCCUC